AGUUCCCCUGACACUAUAUAAUUCCGUUCGGCUUGUACUCGAGGCCAGGAAUGUUUGGGAGCUUGAGCAGACUGAGAUUUCCAAGUCAGAUUGGGACUUUGCUCUAGUACUUCAACAGAAUAUUGCAUUAUCCUACAAGAAAAAAAAGCUCUUGCCAUCUGGCUGGGAAGUCAACCCGUAUACUGCCCAUUGCCUUAAGCCAAAGGAUGAUACUGUUUUACAGUGGCUGCAUGGGAAGAAAACAUUUUGUUGAACGAGGAAACUGCAAUCGCCUCUGUCUUACAAGAGUUAGUGACUGCACGUAUUAUUUAUUGGCUGGUGAAUAUUGCUUUACCAUGACCGUAGUGGCGGCUGAAGACGGGUUUACCGGCAUCUAUGAAGCCAUAGUUUAUUGUUGCUGUCUUGAUGGCAAGAGAACAUUAAAGAGUUUGUCCCUCAUGGAUGUAGUACAAGGUAAGAAGAGACCUGCAUCCAACCUCAAAAGCCCGAAAGGUGUAUGCUUGCCUACCCUCAACGAGUUCCAGACCGGGAUGUUUGAGAGGGGAACCAUAAAUGGCAUUAUUUAUGGUCUCUACAACUAUGUCGACCCAUCUGAAAUAGUUGCUUGACAAUGACAAGGAUUUGGAGGGGAGUGCUUCAUUUUUGAUGAGCGUGCAUGAUGUGAUGUUGGCAUAAUUAAAGAUGAUUUCCUUGGGCGUAAUUAGUGAUCCUGGUUCAACUUGUUGAUCCUUGACAUACUCUUUUUUUCUCGUUAGAAGGAUGUCAUGAAUAACUAGAUAAACCUUGUUGCAUCUCAACAUCUGAGGUUUGUAUGUGCAGUACUAGUUAAAGCUCUUCUCAUGGCUCGACCCAAAGCCCUUCUUGUACUACAAAUGGAUUCUGUUUUAUAACCCAGGAAUUUGUACGGGAUUCAUGUUUGGUUGGUGGUUCUUUUUCUUGUUAUUUAUCGUGACAAAGAGUUUCAUGGCAAAAAUAUUACCGUUUGUUUACUAGUGAUUGUUUGGUGUCUUAAAUAGUAGUAGUUUCUACUUUGUUUUGAGACUAGAAUGUGAAUG